AUUAAUUUUCGUAGACAGUUUUUGUUCGUAUUUUGAAUAUUUUUUUGCACUGGAUGUGUCUAUAAAUCCCUGCUUUCGACCUCGUUCUGCCCCACAUGGGCUCACGUUGGUGCGACUUGUGAUUGCCCGCUAAACUUUAAGGUGCGUGUAGAAUCUAAAUGUGUAAACAAAACCUUUGUGAAAAAAUCCAAACAUUAGUCUAUUUUUGUAGAUUUACGUCAUGGUCGUGCUAUUAUUUUAUCUCUUAUAGACCGACAGUUCCUUAAGUCUGGCAGUCGGUCUGCAGUGCCCGUGGAAUUGUGAAAUUUAGAUGAUACAGUAUUUUGUCCCUUCAUAUCUUAACCUCCAGUAGGCAGGCAACAUGACCUCCCAAGGACCAGGUCUAGAGAUUUUUGAAAAAUUGUCUGAGUGGUCUCCUGAAGAAAUAGAGAACAAUCUAGACCACGUCCUUGAAGAACUUCUGAGCCAUCUGGGUGCCGAGGAUAAAGGACAAGUGUUGCAGUCAGUCUAUGCCCUCCUUGUCACUUGUUUACCAUGUCUACCAGUCGAAAAAGCAGACGAUUGUGUGCUACAUCUUGCCCUGCCUGCUGCUCUUCUGCUUUUCGAGGAGUCCCUAGAAGGAAUCAAAUUGCGCCUAGAUGACAAGUCCCAGUUGGAAUUUGACUCCAUUGCUGAUACACUUUCAAGUCUUCUUCAAGUUUGUAUUGAGUUACUUAAAUGUAUGGAGUGUGUGCUGGAUUAUAUAAUUUCUCAAGGGAAUGUAAACGUAUCUUCUAUUCCAAAUGUUCCCAAGACUGUGGCUGUCUUAUUGUUGCAAGCAUUCAAGCACUGUAAGGAAAGUGAUGCCUUGUAUGGAGAUUUAUUUUCAUCUAUUGCUGAUGUUCUUGGUGCUGUGUUCCGUCAGUGUCACCAAGUGCACAGCAGAUUUUUUGUUGUUAUUACAUCUAACAUAAAGUUUGAUAGUUCUGUGGAAACGGACAUGGUCCACCUUGUUGAUGUAUUGCAAAUACUGUCAGAAAUAGGUGAACAUGUGACAAGUCUCGACAUAAAAACAAUGGCUGAGCAAUGGAAAGGCUACACCAAGAUUGUACAGUUAUAUCUUGAGCCAUUAAAAGGCCGCUUAAGCAUUUCAUACCCUCUUACUUACCUCUCUUCAGAAAUUACCAACAAUUUAGAACUUCUUACUUGUCAGGAAUCAACUACAGACCCAAAAAGUGUACCUCGGUUACUCAAGACUUCUAGUUUCCUUUUAAAAAUAGUUGUUAAGCUAAGUGAGCAGUUUGGAUGUGGCAAUGGUUGUCUAAAUGGUUGCCAUUCUAUCUUAUAUCAGUUACUCAUUACUUUACACAGAUACUCUCCUCCAAUGCUGAUGACGCAGAAUGUGGAACCUAAUUUAAUUAGUGAGAUAGAGCGCCAUCUUACAAUUGCUGCAGAUCCUUUAUUGUCACAUAUCAUCUGUGAAAGUGAUUUUAGAGAGGAAUUUUUUAGAAGAUGCAGAAUAUUAUCUGAAUCUCGAAAUGACUGUUUACCACACUUAUUGUUAGUUCUGUCUGUUUUAAAGCGAUUGAUUAGUCUUGAUACAGAAACUAAAGAUUUGUGGACUGGUUGCCCGAAGGAGGGAAAUAUAAUAAGCAGUAUUCUUGAACUGUUGAAGUUUUGUCAUCCAGAAUUAAAUAGUGGAGUUUCACUUCCUAUUGCCAGAUCUAGAGGAACAACUGCAAGAUGUGAUUUGUAUGAAGCACUCUGCUGUAACUGUGCUGCUUUAAUUCUAACAUUAAAUAAUGAACAGUUCCAGAGUGUUGAAUCAUUGUUGGCAGAUAGUUUAGUAGCUUCAUCAUUUUGGCCGUCCUUAUUUUCUGGAGAUGUGUGGUGUAUUUGUGCCAGAGCUGGAAGUUCAGAACUGGUGUUGGACCAAGUCUUGUAUUUUGCUGAUGUAGUGUCAGCUUUCCAACCUUCACACCUUAGUGAAAGGACAGAAUGCAAGGUCAUCUCUCUUUUCCUGCAGAGAAUGUGCUCAUUUCUCAGUAACAAAGGAAAACAAAUGCUGAUUGACAAAUUCCCCCCUUCGGAACAUCCCCUGAUAUGGCAUGUAUUUGGACUUGGAAGCCUUUCCAAAGAAAUGUGGAGUGCUGUAUUUCAUUCCCUUGUCUCUAGCUGUAUCAGCAGUAUCCAAAAUUUUCAGAACUCAAAUUAUUCUGCAACAGAAUUUAACAAAAUGAUUUCUUGUUUGUUUGGACUUCAAGCUGCACUAGAAUCAACUACGAAAGGAAAAUUAUCUUGCGAUGUUAAACAGUAUUCUAUCGUUUCUGAAAUCCUCUCAGUUUGGCAGUAUGCAUGCCGAGGUGAUUUAGUUGAACAUCUUAAUUCAUCAGACCACUUUGUGAGUGGACCCAAAUGGUUACACAGGCUCUUGACUGUUCUGUCUAAAUGCACUGAGCACCUUGUGUGUAUCAUGAGCAAUAAAGAAAUUUUGCAGAUUUUGAACCUACUUGAUGGUGUUGCCAGCCGCUGCAACUCUCCUUCUGUCUCGCUCUCAGUCAUAAAAAUUAUACAUGGGUUAGCAACCAAAACACUUGAACCUUCCCCUGACCAGCAAUUAGUAUGUUCUAAAAUUUCAAAUUUAUUCUCCUGCCUAUUAGAAGAAAGAAACCCGCUUGUUAAAGAAACAGCACUGGAAACUUUCGAAUAUUUCGCUCAUUUUACUGCUCAUGAAUCAAUUGUGGCAGAUGCAGUUGCUGAUAGUAAAAGCAUUCAAGAUAUUGUAACGUCCUAUUUACAAAAGGAAACUCCUGUUGUCGAAUCGGAGCCUUUAAACAAUCAUGACUACCUCAUAUUUCAGUCAAAUAUAUGUUGUAAACACAAGUGUGAUCCUAAGAAAUUAAGAAAGGCCUCUCCAAAAUCUCCAGAAAAGCCAGCCAAGAAACUUCGUUUGGAAUUUGAUGAGUCUUCUGAUCUUAGUGCCUUUUUAGCAGAUGAUUUACUGACUGACUUUGUUGAAAAAGAUUGCACAGAAGCUGUCAGUGCUAUCAGCAGGAUUGUCAAAGACAGUGAUUAUCUUUUAUCUCAUUGCUCUUUCCACUCAUUGCCUUUGUCAGCAAAGGCAGAUCUACAGAAAGCUGUAGACGAAAUGAAUAAAUUUAUUAAGUCUUGAGACCAUGUUCCUCAUUAGAUCAUGAUUUUUAUUUUUUAUCAAAUAAUAAAUUGAAAACUGAAAAAACAUUUAUUGCCUCUUUUCUCGUUAUUUAUGUCCCCGCAAGAGGGCAUCAUGUUGCGU